AUGGAUCAACACGUGCCAUCCGCAAGGUCGAAACAAGGCACCGUCGUGGAGCAAAAGCAGCGGUUUCUACAAACGAGGAAACAUAUUCUAUCGCGUGGAAUACCGCCGUCGGAACGUCUACGCACACUUGCGCAAGAUGGUGGGAUCGAGCUCAGUGUCAUGAAGGGGGUGUUGGAUAAAGUCAACCGCAACCUUAAACAACACUCCCGAAAAGUCUACAGCCGCCAAAUGAUUGAGCAUGUUGUUGAGCAAAUAGACAUACUAUACUGGGAAUCUGACGCACAUCAUGCCGACGACGACGAAGAAGUAAAUCCUCCGUCCGAUGCCCACGAAGAUGACACGCACGCGCUAUAUCAGAGCGAUGACCUAACACUCGACGAAAACAUUGCGAAACUACCCACAACAUGGCCCGACCGUGACGCCGAGAUCACACAAGACCAAUAUCUCUCCUCCGUCUCGCGCCUUCAAGAACUUUCCGCACGCCGGCAGACGCUUCAGAACCGGCUCGACACAUACCGCACCUUGCUUUCGCUACUAGAACCCUAUCGCAAUCCCAAGGAGAACAUACAGCCAAAUUUGGUGUGGAAGGAUGCGCCGCUCGCGCCUGAGCUGGCAAAGACACGGACAUUGGCAAUACGCGUUGCUGCACGUGUGGAAGAGAAGUUUGGCAACGUCCAAGCACCUUCCACGGCCGAAGACGACGAGAGUGUUGAUAUGGAAGGAUUAGAGAGUGAAGGGAGGCGGAGGGUCGAUAAGGUGCUGGAGAGCUGGUACUAUUGA